GAUCGACUUUCUUUCAAGUUUCAAACAUAACAAGAAUUUACUGAAAAGCAGAUUGAGCUGCUUCAGCUGCAGCCAUAAUGGGAGCUGAUGAUCUUAGUCUUGAAAAGAUCAAGAAUGAGUCUAUCGAUCUGGAAAAGGUUCCGAUAGAGGAAGUGUUCCAGCAGCUGAAAUGCGGCCGCGACGGGCUGAGCUCCACCGAAGGCGAAAACAGAGCUCUCAUCUUCGGCCUCAACAAAUUGGAAGAGAAGAAGGAAAGCAAAUUCCUCAAGUUUCUGGGAUUCAUGUGGAACCCUCUCUCAUGGGUGAUGGAAGCCGCCGCCCUCAUGGCCAUCGUCCUCGCCAACGGCCAAGGCCUGCCCCCCGACUGGCAGGACUUCGUCGGCAUCGUCUGCCUUCUCCUCAUCAACUCCGCCAUCAGUUUCUUCGAAGAGAACAACGCCGGUAAUGCCGCGGCCGCUCUCAUGGCCGGCCUCGCCCCCAAAACCAAGGUCCUCAGAGACGCCAAAUGGAGCGAGCAGGAGGCCGCCAUUUUAGUCCCGGGCGACAUCAUCAGCAUCAAGCUCGGUGACAUCAUCCCGGCCGAUGCCCGUCUCCUUGAAGGGGAUCCUCUCAAGGUGGACCAGUCAGCCCUCACCGGAGAGUCCCUCCCCGUGACUAAGCACCCCUACGACGAGGUCUUCUCCGGGUCAACAUGCAAGCAGGGCGAGAUCGAGGCUGUCGUCAUCGCCACAGGCGUCCACACCUUCUUCGGGAAGGCGGCGCAUCUUGUCGACAGCACUCACCAAGUAGGCCACUUCCAGAAGGUUCUCACAGCGAUAGGAAACUUCUGCAUCUGCUCCAUCGCUGUGGGCAUGCUGGCGGAGAUCAUCGUGAUGUACCCCAUCCAGCGCCGCAGCUAUCGAAACGGAAUUGAUAACCUUCUGGUGUUACUCAUCGGCGGCAUCCCCAUCGCCAUGCCCACAGUGCUGUCUGUGACCAUGGCCAUCGGAUCCCACCGCCUUUCGCAGCAGGGCGCCAUCACGAAGCGGAUGACAGCCAUCGAGGAGCUAGCCGGGAUGAACGUCCUCUGCAGUGACAAAACAGGGACGCUCACGCUCAACAAGCUCACCGUCGAUAAAUCUCUCAUUGAAGUCUUCGCCAAGGGCGCAGACGCUGAUCACGUCCUUCUCCUCGCGGCCAGAGCCUCUAGAACAGAGAAUCAGGACGCUAUUGACGCAGCCAUUGUUGGAACUCUCUCUGAUCCCAAAGAGGCUCGAGCGGGGAUAAGGGAGGUGCAUUUCUUCCCGUUCAACCCUGUGGAUAAGAGGACUGCUCUCACAUACAUUGAUAACAACGGAAACUGGCAUCGAGCUAGCAAGGGGGCUCCGGAGCAGAUCCUCACCCUCUGCAAUUGUAGGGAGGAUUUCAAGAAGAAGGUUCACGGCGUUAUCAACAAGUUCGCUGAGCGUGGCCUACGGUCUCUUGCUGUUGCUAGACAGCAAGUGCCGGAGAAAUCCAAGGAGAGCCUCGGUGGUCCUUGGGAGUUUGUCGGGCUCUUGUCACUCUUCGAUCCUCCCAGGCACGACAGUGCAGAGACUAUCCGUAGAGCUCUCCACCUUGGCGUGAACGUGAAGAUGAUCACUGGUGAUCAGCUUGCUAUUGCUAAGGAGACGGGGCGUAGGCUUGGGAUGGGAGUGAACAUGUACCCAUCAGCUUCGUUAUUAGGCCAGCACAAAGACGAGUCCAUAGCUGGACUUCCCAUCGAAGAACUGAUUGAGAAGGCGGAUGGCUUUGCAGGAGUGUUCCCAGAGCACAAGUAUGAGAUCGUGAAGAAGUUGCAGGAGAGGAAGCACAUUGUUGGAAUGACAGGAGAUGGUGUGAACGAUGCACCAGCGUUGAAGAAGGCCGAUAUUGGUAUUGCUGUUGCAGAUGCCACUGAUGCAGCAAGAGGCGCUUCUGAUAUUGUGCUCACUGAGCCGGGGCUCAGUGUCAUCAUUAGCGCAGUCUUGACGAGUAGAGCUAUUUUCCAGAGAAUGAAGAACUACACUAUAUACGCGGUUUCCAUCACCAUUCGUAUAGUGUUUGGAUUCAUGCUCAUUUCUUUGAUCUGGAAGUUCGACUUCUCCCCCUUCAUGGUUUUGAUCAUUGCCAUCUUGAACGACGGCACAAUUAUGACGAUUUCCAAGGAUAGAGUGAAGCCAUCUCCAUUGCCAGAUAGCUGGAAACUGAAGGAGAUCUUUGCCACAGGCGUUGCACUUGGAGGCUAUCUUGCGUUUAUGACUGUUGUCUUUUUCUGGUUGAUGCAUGAAUCCGACUUCUUUCCCGAGAAAUUUGGAGUGAAAAGCAUCAGACACAAUGAUGCUGAGAUGAUGUCUGCUCUCUACUUGCAAGUCAGCAUUGUGAGUCAGGCCCUCAUUUUCGUCACCAGAUCACGCAGCUGGUCUUACGUGGAGCGCCCUGGCAUGCUCCUCAUGAGCGCCUUCGUCAUUGCACAGCUGGUGGCAACUCUUAUUGCUGUGUACGCGGAUUGGUCGUUUGCAAAAGUGAAGGGAUGCGGGUGGGGAUGGGCCGGUGUGAUCUGGAUAUACAGCGCGGUAUUCUAUGUGCCUCUCGACCUAAUGAAGUUUGCCAUUCGAUACAUCUUGAGCGGGAGGGCGUGGCAAAACUUGUACGAGAACAAGACUGCUUUCACCUCCAAGAAAGACUUUGGCAAGGAGGAGAGAGAGGCACAGUGGGCUCAUGCACAAAGGACUCUGCACGGUCUGAACCAACCCGAAGAAGUUUCCAGCAACAUAUUAAACGAAAAGAACAACUACAGGGAGCUGUCUGAAAUCGCGGAGCAGGCUAUGAAACGCGCUGAAAUUGCAAGGCUGCGCGAGCUGCACACGCUCAAGGGGCACGUCGAGUCAGUUGUGAAACUAAAGGGGCUCGACAUUGAGACGAUACAGCAGCACUACACUGUCUGAGGAGUUCUUCAACACCUGAUUUAGGAGCACAUGGAGAAUGACUGAGACUUCUCUAGCUAGUUAUGGAUAAGAGCUCUUCCUAUUUAGAGGAAUUGAGACAUAUAUAAAACUUUAUGUUGUUUUCUUUUCAUGUUUUAUAAGUGAUAUCACAGACAAACUUGUCUGAUGUUUGGACUCCUUUGAUGAGUUUAAUGAAGUUUUUGUUUUCUUCAAA